AUGCGCACCCGGAGUAAUGUCACCACCCCUGACGGGAUCAACUGGUACUAUGAGCAAGAGGGUUCCGGCCACGACAUUGUCCUCGUUCCUGACGCACUAGGCGAGUGUCAAGUGUACGACAAAGCGCUCACACUCAUAGCCGCGACAAAGGAGUUUCGCGUGACAACCUUCGACAUGCCAGGCAUGUCGCGGAGCGCCAACGCCCCACCAGAGUCCUACAUGCAAGUCACCGCCCAAGCGCUGGCCAAAUACGUCAUCACGCUUCUCGAUGCGCUGAAGAUCGAGCGGGCAUCAUUCUUCGGCAGCAGCGCAGGCGCGUCGACCAUCCUGGCCCUGGUCGUCGACUACCCGGAGCGCGUUCUAAACGCCAUGCCCAUGAGGCCCCGACGCGGACCUUUAGUGUCCUCGACCGGGUGCUCAAGGCAGAAGACGAGCAAUUGA